AUCGAUAAUUUACUACGGAAGAUCAAUAACAAUAUGCAAAAGUUCUUACAAGUCUCAUUCUUGUAUGGUCCUGGUUAGGUGAAGUUUUUUAAAAUAUUGACAAUAUUCAUAUUCUCAUAGACUAAUUUCACAUCUUGAUUAGAUGGUAGAGAUUUGACAAUUAAGGAUCUAAGUAAAGUUUUUCAACAUUUACUUGCUUUGUUUUAUAUUUUAGUUUUGAGCUUAUAUUUGUCAAUACACAAUUUACUAAAUUUAUAUCUUAUCCAUCACUAAUAAAAUAAAAAUUCAAGUGCAGAUAAAUAAAUUGAAUAUAUCUCAUCGACAAAUAAAAAAAAAAAAAAAAAAAAUUACUUUCAAGAUUUGUUUAGUUACUUUAAAAAAUUAAAUAAAAGCCAGAAAAGGCUUUUUGCUUGGCUGAUGUUCAUCAUUAAUCAAUGUCUCAAUGAGGUAGACUAAGAAAUUGAAUUUCAUUUUUCCCUUGUUUUAUUCCUAACUCCAACUCCAACUCCAUACAACUAACGUUCCCCUUAUUGGUUUUCCACUUUAUUUUUCUGUAAAGUUGUUGAUAUUCAACUAACAUAAACUGUAAGUCUUUCUAAAAUCAAAUUACACGUCCCUAUUUUUGGUUUUCAAAGUCAGAUUUAUGUUAAAGAGUGUAUUUGAAUUUUUAUGACAUAUUCCUAUCAAUAUACCUUAACAAGUUUCACGGUUGAGAUUUCAACACUAAAGAUACUAACCUGCACUCAAUCAUCUCGAGCUUUUCUCUGCACAAGCACACGCACUGCAUACCCAUACUCUUUCUUCUACGAGUAGUUUGCUAACCGCAUGGCUUUGUGGUCCAGUACACCACUUUUCCGCUUUCCUUAAUACUAGCUAUAUGUUGCAAGUAAAAAAAAAACAAUACGAAGUACAUUGUAUAAAACUGCAUAGUUUAUAUUGACCUGAGCUUCAAGUGCUAAGGAGCUGUUUGGCCUAGUUUCUGAAACUGUUUCUCAAUCAAAGAAACAGAAACUGGGCCAAACAAGGAAAAUUUAAGAAGUAGAAACACUUUUAUAAGAAGCCCAAAAUAGCUUCUAGGUUGGGUAAAAUGAGAAGCACCAAAUUGGAGCUUCUCUUAGCUGUUUCUCGGGGAGCCAUUUCUCCCAUUUAAUGAAAUUUUCAUUUGGACAAAAACACCCCCAACAUUUUACAAAAAAGACCUCCAAUAUCCAUCUAAAAAGAAAAAAAAAACCAUUCAUCUACUUUCUCAUGAACAUGUCUGAGCUCUCUCUCUCAAGAUACCCAACCCCACCGGCGAUACGCAAUCUGGUCCUCGGAGACCACCGGCGCCAGUUUUCCGUCCACCCAACCCAACUCAUCGGCAAUGCUUCAUCUGACGUCAUCAUCACCGCCACCAUCGUCACUCUUCGUCGUUGCAUCCUCCACCAUGGUUUGUGUUUCCCCCUCUUCUCCUUUAAAUCUUUUCUUUGUCUGGCUCUUCUCCAUAGAUCCAGUCCAAGUAACAUCUCUAUGUCUCUCUAAAGAUUCAAUUUGAUUUGCAUAUGUUUGAAAUUGUAGGGUUCCUUUGUUGAAUUCAAUUGUGCUAUUUAUAGAUGAUUAAUUUAAAUAUUGAUUGUUCAUCAUCAUUAUUAGAUUUGAUGUUGAGUUUGAUAUAAUUAUUAAGCUUUAUUUGUGCUGACCUUGAUCUAAGUGUUGUUAGUUAUUGUUGUUGGAAAACUAUAUAGGAUGGCAUUCUUUGUAAAUAGGUUGAAGUUGUGUGGGGACAAGGUGCCAGCUGGUAGGAAAAAAUAACAGAGCAAAGAUAGAGAAAAUGGGGAAACCAAAAUCUAAGCGGAAACCUAAAUUUUGUCUGACCUGUAAGCCUUGUCGUCGCUCUUGCUCAAUCUAGGGUUUAAGAAAACCCUCUGAAAUCAAAGGUACCCAGAAUCUCUCAUCAAUGGAUUAUGAGAAGAAGAAUCUCGAAGAUACAGUAGUACCCUCUUCCGUUUUGACUUAUCUUGAUCCACUUUACUGGAACGAUAGAUUUGCUAAGGAAGAACAUUAUGAAUGGCUCAAAUAUUAUUCCCAUUUUCGUCACCUAAUUUUGGAGAAUAUUCAACCUAAUUCCUCUGUUUUGGAAUUGGGUUGUGGAAAUUCCCAAUUAAGUGAUGAAAUGUAUAAAAAUGGGAUUAAGAAUAUCACUUGCACUGAUUUAUCCCCAAUUGUUGUUGAGAAAGUGCAGAAAAGAUUGUUGUUGAAGGAAUUCAAAGAAAUAAAGGCCAUGGUUGCGAACAUGCUAGACUUGCCAUUCGCAGAUGAUUCUUUUGAUGUUGUUAUUGAGAAAGGAACAAUGGAUGUAUUGUUCGUGGACAGUGGUGAUUCGUGGAACCCAAAAGCUGAAACCAUUAGCAAGGUCAUGGCAAUGCCCCAAGGAAUCCACCGAGUAUUGAAGCCAAAUGGUAUCUACAUAUCAAUUUCGUUUGGGCAGCCACACUUUAGGCGUCCAUUAUUUGAAGCUCCUGAUUUUACAUGGUCAAUGAAGUGGAGCACUUUUGGUGAUGGAUUCCAUUAUUUCUUCUACACUCUAAAGAAGGGCACAAGAUCAUUGAAUAGUUAUCAACCUUGUGAAAGGCUAAACCUUCCACCAAUCUGCUUGUAUCAAGAUGAAUUGGAAGGUGAAGAUUUCUUAUUCAGGACCAACAUUGAUGAAUCGGAGGACAACUAAAAAGGUGAAGUGGUCAAGAAGCAGUGUCAUUGUAACAGGGUUUUUUGCAUUCUUAUUCUCUUGUUAACCUUUCUAAUGGUGAUCAUGAAUUAUGUUUUGCAUAUCAAAUCAUUAGUCCUUAUUUUCUCAAAUGAUUGGGCAGAUCUUAUUGGCCAGGUUUGGUAAUUAGAGUUUUGACAAAAAAAUAA